AUGAGUUCAUGUGGUAGAGCAACAAAAGACUUUUUUAUAAGCCUCAGCAGGAAAAAGGUAAUUGGCAAAAGGGAGUCGUCAAAGGUCGAGUUACGAAGAUGCCUAACUAUCUUUGAUCUUACUGCUUUAGGAGUUGGAACAACUUUAGGUGCUGGAGUGUACAUUCUUGUUGGCGACGUUGCCAAGUUCACAGCUGGUCCUGGGGUUAUAAUAUCUUUUUUAAUCGCAGCGGUGGCUUCUGUUUUAUCAGGAUUAUGUUAUGCCGAGUUUGGAGCCCGUGUACCACAAAGUGGAUCAGCUUAUGUAUAUAGCUACAUUACUGUUGGAGAAAUAAUGGCGUUUACAAUUGGUUGGAAUCUGAUACUAGAAUAUGUAAUCGGCAUCGCAAGUGUUGCACGAGCUUGGAGCUCCAAUUUCGAUGGUAUACUCAACGGCCAAAUAGAAGAAUUUUUUAGGAAGCAUUUGGCAUUAAAUCUCCCUGGUUUAGCUGAAUAUGUGGAUCCACUUGCUGUUGGGUUAAUUAUUUUAAUGACAAUACUUUUAAGCAUCGGUGUACGAGAAUCCGCAAUGAUUAACAAUGUGUUCACAAUAAUCAACCUGUGUGUCAUCAUAUUUAUAGUUGUAACCGGGUUGAUUUAUGCAAAUAUUGAUAACUGGAAAGUUAUUCCAGAGCAUGUUCUUAUCAAUAAUACUGUACAGCGUACGAAUUUAGGAAGUGGCGGGUUUUUUCCUUUUGGUUUGAAUGGCGUACUUUCCGGAGCUGGAACAUGUUUUUUUGCAUUUGUUGGAUUCGAUAUUAUUGCUACAACAGGUGAGGAAGUGCGUAAUCCACAAACAGCGAUUCCUAUAAGUAUUAUCGGAUGCCUGCUAAUAUGUUUCUUGGCAUAUGGUCUUAUAUCUGCUACACUUACGUUGAUGGUACCAUAUUAUUCUAUCUCUUCUGUUGCUGCUCUACCACUUGCAUUUAGUCGCCAUGGCUUACAUUGGGCAAAAUACAUUAUUUCCACUGGGGCUUUGUGUGCUCUAACUACUAGCCUUUUAGGUUCAAUGUUCCCAUUGCCACGCAUUUUGUAUGCUAUGGCAACUGAUGGGUUGUUAUUUGGUUUUUUAAAUCGAAUAAAUUCAAAAGUUAAAACUCCACUUUUAGGUACUAUUGUAUCAGGUGUUAUUGGAUCCAUAAUGACGGCAGUAUUCAGUUUACAAGAUCUAGUCGAUAUGAUGUCGAUUGGAACACUUCUUGCUUAUACUCUAGUAUCUGUUUCUGUGCUUCUUUUGAGAGGACAACAAAUGACCAUUGGAUAUUGCCUUAGGGACACGAAAGAUUAUACAGAAGUAUUGAUGGACGAUGAAAGUUGGCCAGCUGGUAAAUUACCCUUAUCCGAUGAAAAAUCAUAUCCACUCAAGUUUUUGAAUGAAAUAGCAGACAAUACACUUAGUAAUGAUAGAGAACCAUCGAAUGGUUUUGAUGAAUAUUCCGAUCAUAAUAAACAAUCCAUAUCCCCAAAUAACAUUGAUAGUCCAAGUUUAUCAACAACUUUGAAACAAACAAACAAUUCAUCACUUCCUGAUAAUAUUCAUCUCGACAUUUCAAAUUACUUUCGAAGAUGUUUCAAUCUUGAACCUGGUCAGGAUAAACCGUCUAAAACUACUGAAUUAAUUUAUGAAAUAAAUAGUUACUUACUACUUUGCUUCAUUUUUCUCGGCAAUCUGGGUAUAUUACUGUUAGAUAAACUACCUGAGGAGGCGACAAAAUAUAUGAUAGUCACAGUCCCAAUAUGGACUUUCGUUGGGUUAAUGAUACUGACCAGUAUUAUCAUUUGUUCAGCAUUAGCCAGACAACCAGAAAAUCAAACACCUGUGGCAUUCAAAGUCCCUGGGGUUCCAUGGAUUCCAGCUAUUAGUAUAUUUAUUAAUGCAUAUUUAAUGGUUAAAUUGUCAGGGGCUACAUGGAUUAGAUUCUUAGUCUGGAUGAUUAUUGGUUUCACAAUCUACUUUGGUUAUGGAUACUGGCACAGUAAGGAGAGAAAAAGAAAGAAAUAA